GUUUGUGUAAUGACCCAGCCAGUCCCAGUCUUUAUCCAAGCCUCAUUUAAUGGUGUCCAGUCUGCAAAUUAAUUCCAGUUCUGCAGCUUCCCGGUGGAGUCCGGUUUUGAAGGCUUUGCUGUUGAAGAACUGGCACUUUCAGGUCUCUCACUGAGCGGCCAGCGAGGGCGAAGUGUUCUCCCCCUGCUUUUUGAACGUUAUGCUUCCUGAUGUCAGAUCCGUGCCCACUGAUGCCUUGGCGCAGACUGUCCGCUCCGGCCAAGGGACGCGGCAGAGGGGCCCUGCCGGCCCGGGUCAGGGCGGGGGAUGGGCAGGCGAAGGAGCCCCCGGGCCCAUGCGGCAGAGCCCGCCCCGUCUCGCCCGCGGGGAGACCGCCCCGGGGGCCGGCGAGGCGCUUCGGCCGGCCCCGCCCUGGGCCCGCGGGGCGAGGCCUGUGUCGUGCCGGCGGCGCCCGCCGCUCCCGCCCGGCGAGAGCCCAGAGCGCAGCGCGGGGGGGGCCCGCCCGGCCGGGAACCAUCGGGCCGGGGAAUGUUCCCGGGGAGGCCCUUCCUGGGGCACCGGCGGAGCCGAUUCCUGUCCCCGGGGCGGGGCCGAGCGGCGGCUGCGGGCGGCCGGCAGGAUUUCCAAUCCUCGAACAUCCUGUGAUCUCCUGGAUGGAGCAAGAGGAAGAGCCGUGCAUCCUGGAUCUCCAGGGCACCGAAGAAAGGGAGACCCAGAGAGAGACACACACAGCAGGUGACAGGGCGGCAAGUGAGGAUGAGGAGACUCCUCAGCAGGAAGUGGAGCCGUGUGGGACAGUCCCGGGGCUUGUUCCAGCCUGCCAGAGCCAGGGUGGACCAGGGAGGCUGCGUGUGAACCCUCCGAAGAUGAGGCGUCGCCGGUCUGCGCACCGUGAGAGGGGCUUCAUCAACCUGCUGGGCAUUCUGGAGCCCCGGCGCCCAGCGGAUAAGCCCUACCGGUGCACGGAGUGCGAGAAGAGCUUCAGCCAGAGCUCGAAUCUUAUCGAGCACCAGCGGAUCCACACGGGCGAGCGCCCCUUCACCUGCAGCGAGUGCGAGAAGAGCUUCAGCCGCAGCUCCACCCUCAUUGAGCACCAGCGCACCCACACGGGUGAGAAGCCCUACACCUGCCCCGAGUGCCAGCGCAGCUUCAGCCGCAGCUCCACCCUGACCGAGCACCAGCGCACCCACACCGGGGAGACCCCUUUCCACUGCCCCGAGUGCGGCAAGAGCUUCAGCCGCACCUCCAACCUGGUGAAGCACCUGCGCACCCACACGGGCGAGAAACCCUACGGCUGCCGGGAAUGCGGCAAGCGCUUCAGCCUCAGCUCCAACCUCAUCAAGCACGAGCGCACCCACACCGGGGAGAAGCCCUUCGCCUGCGGGGAGUGCGGCAAGCGCUUCAAGAAGAAGACCCACCUGGUGUCCCACCACCGCACCCACACCGGGGAGCGGCCCUACGAAUGCACGGAGUGCGGCAAGCGCUUCAGCCAGAGCUCCACCCUCAUCGAGCACCAGCGCAUCCACACCGGCGAGAAGCCUUUCCGCUGCCCCGACUGCGGGAAGUGCUUCUGCGUCAGCUCCAACCUCAUCAAGCAUCAGCGCAUCCACACUGGGGAGAAGCCCUAUGGCUGCAGCGCCUGUGGGAAGAGCUUCCGCUACAAGCCCCAGUUCACCCGCCACCAGAAGCUGCACCAGGGAGAGGGAGAGGAGCCAGUGGCUGUCCUGACCCUGGGGCCGUGGGCUGCGGCAGCCCCACUCAUACAGAUCACGGAGACUGUUUGUGUUGGGACAGCAAGUACAGCAGAGCCACGUGGGACGUCCCCCAGUGUCUGUGUCCCGAGGCACCAGCAGAGAGACCCUCCGAGGAGGAGACGGAUUAAACACGCUUGCGCCGAGCCGGGCUUCAUCAACCUUCUGGGCAUCCUGGAACCUCCCCACUCUGCCGCCCGGCGGCCAGCGGACAAGCCCUACCGGUGCACGGAGUGCGAGAAGAGCUUCGGCCAGAGCUCGGUGCUGAUCGAGCACAUGCGGAUCCACACGGGCGAGCGCCCCUUCGUCUGCGGCCAGUGUGGCAAGCGCUUCAGCCAGAGCUCCACGCUGCUGGGCCACCAGCGCACCCACACGGGCGAGAAGCCUUUCACCUGCCCCGAGUGCCAGCGCAGCUUCAGCCGCAGCUCCGCCCUGACCGAGCACCAGCGCACCCACACCGGGGAGACCCCUUUCCACUGCCCCGAGUGCGGCAAGCGCUUCAGCCGCACCUCCAACCUGGUGAAGCACCUGCGCACCCACACGGGCGAGAAACCCUACGGCUGCCGGGAGUGCGGCAAGCGCUUCAGCCUCAGCUCCAACCUCAUCAAGCACGAGCGCACCCACACCGGGGAGAAGCCCUUCGCCUGCGGGGAGUGCGGCAAGCGCUUCAAGAAGAAGACCCACCUGGUGUCCCACCACCGCACCCACACCGGGGAGCGGCCCUACGAGUGCACGGAGUGCGGCAAGCGCUUCAGCCAGAGCUCCACCCUCAUCGAGCACCAGCGCAUCCACACCGGCGAGAAGCCUUUCCGCUGCCCCGACUGCGGGCGCGGCUUCUACGUCAACUCCAAGCUGGUCAAACACCGGCGCAUCCACACCGGGGAGAAGCCCUAUGGCUGCAGCGCCUGCGGGAAGAGCUUCCGUUACAAGCAGCAAUUCACCCGCCACCAACAGCUGCACCAGGGGGAGGAGCCUGUGGCCGUCCUGACCCUGGGUGGGGUCAACGUCCUCCUGACUUAG